AUGUCCGUGGGCUCCAGCGACCUGAGCUACAGCAGCCGUGUCUGCCUUCCUGGUUCCUGUGACUCCUGCUCCGACUCCUGGCAGCUGGACGACUGCCCAGAGAGCUGCUGUGAGCCCCCCUGCUGCGCCCCCAGCUGCUGCACCCCGGCCCCCUGCCUGACCCUGGUCUGCACCCCAGUGAGCUGUGUGUCCAGCCCCUGCUGCCAGGUGACCUGUGAACCCAGCCCCUGCCAAUCAGGCUGCACCAGCUCCUGCAUGCCCUCAUGCUGCCAGCAGUCUAGCUGCCAGCCGGCUUGCUGCACCUCCUCCCCCUGCCAGCAGGCCUGCUGCGUGCCCAUUUGCUGCAAGCCUUUGUGCUGCGGGCCCAGCUGCUCUGAGGAUUCCUCUUCAUGCUGCCAGCAGUCUAGCUGCCAGCUGGCUUGCUGUGCCUCUUCCUCCUGCCAGCAGGUUUGCUGUGUGCCCGUCUGCUGCAAGCCUGUGAGCUGUGUGCCCGUCUGCUCUGGGGCUUCCUCUUCAUGCUGCCAGCAGUCUAGGUGCCAGCCAGCUUGCUGCACCACCUCCUGCUGCAGACCCUCCUCCUCCGUGUCCCUCCUCUGCCGCCCCGUGUGCAGGCCUGCCUGCCGCGUGCCCGUCCCUUCCUGCUGUGCCCCCACCUCCUCCUGCCAACCCAGCUGCUGCCGCCCUGACUCCUGUGUGUCCCUCCUCUGCCGCCCCGUGUGCUCCCGCCCGGCCUGCUGAGGCCUCCGCUCAGGUCAGAAGCCCAGCUGCUGAUGGACAUGCCCCCCAGUGCCAGCCAGGCUCAGGUCCCACCUGAAAGCUGAUAGUCACGUCCUGAAUUGUUCCUGCACUUUGACCGUUUCCUGGUGUCUGCUAUUGAGCUGGACAAUGGAAGAACUGAACGUCUAUACUCAAUACUGCAGCCCUCUUGCCGGGGGGGAGCGGGUGGGGGGUGGGAGGAGGCGCUUCUAGAAAGUUCCCAUGGCAGUGGCCUCCCCUCCAUAUCUCCCACCUCUCAUGAGGGUCAGCUCAGCCUUGACCCGUGAGGUCUCUGUCCUCCUGGCUCAGAGCCCCAGAGCCUUCUUUGGAUGCCCUCAAACUGACCAAUAAAGGCCCUGAGACUGCAAUGGCGCUG